AUGAACAGAGGCUACUACCCUGCUGCCCAUGAGGUCGCCAUAUGUCAGCCCCUAAGUGAAAUUGACACUCGCAGCUUGACAGCCAAGCAAGUGCUCUUCUACUUCGGGGUGUUGACUCUCAUCCAGCCUCAUCUUCACCCUACGUUCGAGUAUUCCCAAGACUAUCCUGGGAAGUGGACUGCAAAGCUUUUCCUCUAUCGAGAAACGUUAAGCAUUCCGCGACUGCGGACGCAAAUGGCUGCCAAAGUCGAAAUCUGUCGUGUAGCUUUGUCGUUGCUGAAAUCUCGUUAUGCGGACUGGAGGGUUCCAGAUGAGCCGAAUUUGGCUUUGACCACACCAGAGUGGUUGUGGGUGGAGAUGCUGGAAGAAUAUGCACGUUCUAACAAGCUACCUGCCCCUGUUUUCACCAAAUACAUCCACAAGUACGGAUAUCGCUACGAGACAGGCGUUGGGACUGUGGCUUGCUGGGGAGUUCGCAAAUUCUACGAUACUGAAGCUCAAGCUGCCGAUGCGGCUGCUCAUCAGACCUUGUAUCUCUUGCUUACCGAAGGCUCUUCGGAUCUUUUCUCGCUGUCUUCGGCCUCUGAAGAAGGUAUCACGAUCAAACAGUCCUCUGAAGAUGCCACUUCUAUAGAGGAGAAAGAUAUAGUAAAGAGAGAUAAUGAUGUUUGCAACGAUGUAAACGUUGAUACAAGACAGAAUUUUCCUCAUGCCAACCAACCAACGAGCCGCGGAUCUCGCGCGGAGUCAUUUUGCCCAGAGUCAAUGGGGAAAAAACGACUCCACGACUUUAUGUCGAAUCUCGUUCCAGUCUCCAACGCUCGUAUCUCUACGGUUAGUGUGGGAAAAGAGCCCGAGCAGAAAAGUAAGUGGGGAGUGACUGUGAAUGAGCUAUUGAGUGAAACAAGAUCCCUGAAUGCAUGGAGUGAGAAAGUCAACAAGAUCUGCGAAAUCCUCCACCUCACUCCCAAAUUCACACUCGACUCCUCACCCAUCCAUCUUCCUACCUCAUGCAAAGCAGUCAAAUCCUACUCCAUCUGGGUCACAUUCCAAGACGACCCGUACCUUACGCGAGCCGGCGCCAUUGGCAAGGUGUAUGGGUUCUACGCGAGCGAAGAUGAAGCGAAAGAGGCAUGCUGCAAUCGCGUACACGAUUACCUGCUGAAUCUCGUCAAGGAAGACACAGCGUUUGAACAAGAGGAGCGCGAGUCGUAUGAGCUGAUUAGGAAUUUUGGGCAGAGUAAGAGGAGGAAAUUGGAGAGGAUGGGGUAUGCGGUAUGUCGGUAAAGCAGGGUUCGAUAGAAGGGGCGAUAGCGUUGCUUAUUGGCUGGGCAACUUCUGCCUUUUAGUUUGGUCGUGAGUUCAUCCGGAGUACUUUGACAAGGCAUAUUACAAUUCUUCGAUAUUACUGUAUACUCCUUUUAUCUUAAAUCAAACAAAGAAAUGCUU